CACACACACACACACACACAUCUAUAAAUACACACACACACUACUAUAUUUCUCUGAGCUCCUGAAUAGUGUCCGGAAAAUUCCAGAAUGACGACCUCAACGAUGUCGUUUGCUUCCGGACUCGCUCUUCGUCUUUCUCCCUCCAACUCCUACUGCACCAGAAGCUCUCUCUUUGCUCGCCCACACCGUUUCUCUCUCAGCUUUUCUCCCAAUUCCAACUCCUUAAGAUCCUUAAAGUCGUCGAAUUGGAAUCGGAGCAGUGGAUUAGCAGCUAAUCAGAGAUUCAGUCGCAGCUCGAGGCGUUUCGUUGUCCGUUGCGAUGCUUCGAGUGGAAGACAGAUUACUCAGCAGGAGUUUACGGAGAUGGCUUGGCAAGGGAUUGUUUCGUCGCCGGAGGUGGCGAAGGAGAACAAGCAUCAGAUAGUGGAGACUGAGCAUUUGAUGAAGGCUUUGUUGGAGCAGAAGAAUGGGCUCGCGCGGAGGAUCUUCUCCAAAAUUGGGGUUGAUAAUACUCGCCUUUUGGAAGCCACUGAUAAGUUCAUCCGACGCCAACCUAAGGUUCUGGGUGAGUCUGCUGGGUCGAUGUUGGGACGUGAUUUGGAAGCCUUAAUUCAACGAGCUAGGGAGUACAAAAAGGAGUAUGGAGACUCGUUUGUGUCUGUGGAGCAUUUGGUUCUUGGUUUCACACAAGACCAAAGAUUUGGGAAGCAAUUGUUGAAGGAUUUUCAGGUGUCGGCACAAAGUUUGAAGUCUGCAAUCGAAGCCAUAAGGGGACGCCAAUCAGUUAUUGACCAAGAUCCUGAAGGGAAGUAUGAAGCAUUGGAAAAAUAUGGAAAGGACUUGACAGCCAUGGCAAAAGAAGGAAAGCUUGACCCUGUGAUUGGAAGAGACGAUGAAAUACGUAGGUGCAUCCAGAUUCUCUCGAGAAGAACAAAGAACAACCCCGUACUAAUUGGUGAGCCUGGCGUUGGGAAAACUGCAAUUUCAGAGGGGCUUGCUCAAAGAAUUGUGCAAGGGGAUGUCCCACAAGCUCUGAUGAACCGCAAGCUAAUAUCCCUUGACAUGGGUGCACUAAUUGCUGGCGCAAAAUAUCGGGGAGAAUUUGAGGAUAGGCUGAAGGCAGUACUGAAGGAAGUAACGGACUCGGAGGGCCAGAUUGUCCUCUUUAUUGAUGAGAUUCACACAGUUGUUGGUGCAGGUGCUACAAAUGGUGCAAUGGAUGCAGGCAAUCUUUUGAAGCCUAUGCUUGGCCGAGGAGAAUUAAGGUGUAUUGGUGCAACAACGCUGGAUGAAUAUCGCAAAUAUAUCGAGAAAGAUCCAGCAUUGGAGCGUCGUUUUCAGCAAGUUUAUGUUGAUCAACCUUCCGUUGAAGAUACCAUAUCAAUACUUCGGGGAUUGCGCGAGAGAUAUGAGUUGCAUCAUGGAGUCCGCAUAUCUGAUAGUGCUCUUGUUGACGCUGCGAUUCUCUCUGAACGUUACAUCAGUGGGAGGUUUUUACCUGACAAAGCUAUCGACCUGGUUGAUGAAGCAGCAGCUAAACUGAAAAUGGAAAUCACUUCAAAACCCACUGCCCUUGAUGAGAUCAAUCGAUCCGUAUUGAAACUUGAGAUGGAAAAGUUAUCUCUCAUGAAUGACACGGACAAAGCUUCUAAAGACAGGUUGAGCCGCCUCGAGGCAGAGUUAUCUCUUUUAAAGGAGAAACAAGGUCAGUUGACUGAGCAGUGGGAGCAUGAAAAGUCUGUUAUGACUCGCCUUCAGUCGAUCAAAGAAGAGAUCGACAGGUUAAACCUUGAGAUCCAGCAGGCUGAGCGGGAGUAUGACCUUAAUCGCGCUGCCGAAUUGAAGUACGGGAGUCUGAACUCUUUGCAGCGGCAACUUGCAGUGGCAGAAAAAGAAUUAGACGAAUAUAUGAAAUCAGGGAAGUCUAUGCUGAGAGAGGAAGUCACUGGGGAUGACAUUGCUGAGAGUAUUCCUGUGUCCAAGCUUAAACAGUCAGAAAGGGAAAAACUGCUGCACUUGGAGGAAGAGCUGCACAAACGUGUUGUGGGCCAGGACCCCGCAGUGAGAGCCGUCGCCGAGGCCAUCCAACGAUCUCGAGCAGGGCUAUCGGAUCCUCACAGGCCGAUUGCUAGCUUCAUGUUCAUGGGUCCCACUGGUGUCGGGAAGACAGAACUAGCCAAGGCCCUGGCUUCCUACUUGUUCAACACAGAAGAAGCACUUGUGAGAAUUGACAUGAGCGAGUACAUGGAAAAACAUGCUGUGUCAAGAUUGAUUGGCGCCCCACCAGGUUAUGUCGGAUACGAGGAGGGAGGACAGCUGACGGAGACUGUUCGUCGGAGGCCUUAUUCUGUUAUCCUGUUUGAUGAGAUAGAGAAGGCACACUCCGAUGUGUUCAACGUCUUCCUUCAAAUUUUGGAUGAUGGAAGAAUCACAGACUCGCAGGGUCGCACUGUGAGCUUCACCAACACCGUCAUCAUCAUGACAUCAAAUGUGGGUUCACAGUAUAUUCUCAAUACAGAUGACGAAACCUUAUCAAAGGAGUUGGCUUAUGAAACCAUAAAGCAACGGGUAAUGGAGGCCGCAAGAUCUAUCUUUCGGCCCGAGUUCAUGAACCGUGUAGACGAGUACAUAGUUUUCCAGCCCCUGGACCGCGAGCAGAUCAACAGCAUCGUCACAUUACAGUUGGAACGAGUGCAAAAGAGAAUUGCAGAUCGGAAAAUGAGAAUCAUCGUGAGCGAUGCUGCUGUGCAGCUUCUCGGAAGCCUCGGCUAUGAUCCGAACUAUGGUGCUAGGCCUGUGAAGAGAGUGAUUCAGCAGAAUGUUGAGAAUGAGCUUGCCAAGGGCAUAUUGAGAGGAGAUUUCAAGGAAGAGGACACUGUAUUGAUCGACACCGAAGUCACAGCCUUCUCUAAUGGCCAGCUUCCCCAGCAAAAGCUAGUCUUCAGGAAGCUGGAGAGUGGUUCAGAAUCUCAAGCUGCUGAAGAUCAAGAGGCUUUCUCAGGGACUGUAUGAUAUUCUCUUUGUAUUUAGCUUCCCGAAACACUAAAAAUAGGUUUUAACAUAAAAUUUUGGAUUAAAUGUCGUUACUUUUGGUUAUAUAUAGAAAGUUCUUGUUUACGGC